GAAGAGGACAACAGAGACACCGGGAGAAGAAAGAGAGCGAUGUCUGCACCUCUUUCUCAGUCACUUGCCGGCCCUCAAUAAGACACCAUGGGCUGUAUUGGCUCCCGGACGAUCACGGCAGACGCGGUUCCUGUAAGGAAAGAUGGAGAACAGCAAGGACGGCCAGAGUUUUCAUGGGAGGGAAUCAAUCUGUCUAUGGAGGACACCACCUCCAUCUUGCCUCGUCUCAAACGGAACUCCAACGCCUAUGGGAUUGGAGCUCUGGCUAAGUCCUCUCUGUCAGGUGUGUCAGGUGUGACCAGGUCCAUGAAGGACAAGGUAACUAAACCCACAGCUAUGGCUCAAGGCCGUGUCGCCCACAUGAUUGAGUGGCAGAGUUGGGGCAAACCAUCUGCUGGGCCAAUAGGGGGAGCGAGGCUUUCCAAUCUGCACCGUGAGAGGGAAAGGAGACUCGAGAAUGACGCCUACAGUGACCUAAGUGAUGGGGAGAAGGAGGCGCGAAUGGCUGCUGGAGUGAUGCAGCAAUUUGCAAUCUCCGAGGCCACACUGCUGGCCUGGAAUUCUAUGGAUGGAGAGAGCUUCUGUGUUGACUCCAACCAAGGCAGUGUAGCACACCUCAGUGAAGUUAAUCAGGAGAGCAUUACCAGCAGAGAUCAGCCUUUGCACCAUUCAUCUGCAGAAGUGUGGCCUCACACCUAUGUCUCCCAGGGUCUGUAUUGCCUUUCAUCCUCUGAUGCCUGGGAACCAAUCAGCAAUGAGCUAUCAGACAUGGCCUCUCCUGCUGCUGGCUCCUACAUAGCCAGCGGGGCUUCUGGAGAAGGCUACGACUGCUCGCCCCACUAUCUGUCCCAGCAGCAGCUUGCACUUCAGCAGCAGACCCACCUACAGCAGCUGCAGCAGAUGCAGCAGUACCAGCAGCAGCAACUCAUGCAGUACCAGCAACAGUCACUGGAACAUCGCCUACACAGCACCUCCCAUUCUUUGCAAGCUACGCCAAAUAGCACCAUUCAUAGCUUGGGUCCACCCACUCAUCCACGACUGGCUGAUUUGUGGGCGGCUGCACAAGUGGAGCCACAUCAGAUGGAAAUAAUGGGACACAUGAGCAUAAACAUGGCAGAAAUGGGGACGUCAGAAAUGUAUGGCGAGGAACUAAUUACAGAAAAUGAGUGCAUCCCUGAGCAACAAGAGGAAGAGGAAUCUAAGGAGGAUGACAUCACAUUAACGCUGGAACCCGAGGCAACAUCUAUGAUGGCAGUUUGUACCACACAGCCUCAGAGAGAGGGUCCGAUGCCUGGCGGCGUGAGCCCGCCCCUUCCACACGCAGAGCCGAUGCCCGAACACAUGGCCUUCGAGGUCACGUCCUGCAUCAUCCAAUCCUUGGAAGAGAAGGAAGAAGGCGAAGUCGAGGACGGGGCUGUUGUCGUCGUGGCGACCAAUUAACGGCUUGUUUUUUGUUUUUUUGUUUUUUCAAGAGGAUAGAAGAAAGAAACUUUUCCAAAAUGGAACGUCUUUAAUGAAAUAAUCAACUAUAUACGCUAUUGUAUAACCAACUACACCCAAGGUAUACAGUAUGUUUUUAUUUUUUCGGUCGCUCGAAAGGUGAAAGACUCCGCAGUGACCGAUAUGAUAAAGGACAUAAUCAAACAAACAAAAAGGCAUUCUUUAAAUGCAGGGACACACUUACUAACGGAGAUGUAAAGAAGGUAUGAUAUGAUACAGUAUGAUAGUAUAUGACAUGUGGUACAGCAUAUUGACCGGAGAAGGACCAUUACAGUAUACAAGGACGCUUGGAAAAAGAAAGGAAAGAAAACUGUGCAAUACUAACAUACCAAGACAACCAAAAGAAAGUGCAUGCAUUCUGAAUAUUUAAGUGACAGAAUAACCAGUAUACAUAUAGUAAUAACGAAAAAUUGAUUUUUGUAAUAAAAUUUAAAAGCCAAACUAAAUAUUAUGUAUUUCUAUGUACAUACAACAUGUACUGUAUGUUUCUAUUUAUGUAUGUAUGUAUGUAUGUAUGUAUGUAUGUAUGUAUGUGUGUGUGUGUGUAUGUUGGUGUGUAUGUUGGUAUGACUGUAUGAUUGCAUGUAUGUAUAAAGGUAUAUUCUCAAAACCAUUAUCUGUUUAUUCACCAUUUGGCAAUAAUGUUGUUUGAAGUGUGUAAUAUGUAUUUUACUUCCAACACACACACACACACACACACACACACACACACACACAUACAAAGCUGUUUAUAUUAUAUAAGCAAGCACAAUACUGCCCAAUUGGGAACAGUGCUAUACUGUUCAACAUCUGUAUAAGACUUAUGCACUAUUAUGAAUAUAAAAGAAUGUACCGUCUUACGGCUGGCGACGACAUUUUUGUUCCAUCAGGAACAAAGCGUUUCCUUUAAGUUUGUUACUGUAUUUUUGUUAUUUUUCGUCCUCGUAUGCCUUUUUUCUCAAGAUUGAUAAUCAUAACUCUUCGACUGGACAAUAAAGCACGGAAGUUCAGAUACAGCUUCCUGAGAGAGUAAGAGCGGUGUGAUGGGGGACAGGAAGCACUCUUGCACAAAGCAGCCUAGGAAAAGUAACCAAAGGAUGUUAUAACCAACAACACUAAUCAGAUAACCAUCCUAUAGUUUACAAGCGAAGCAGAAUUUUUUUUUAUUUGAAAUAUAAAUAGCGCUUAAAUAAAGUAGAAUUUAAACACCAUGUUUGGGUGUUCCAGCGAUUUAAUGUACUCAUACUGUGAUCGUUUCAUUUAGAUUUUCUCAUUUAAGAAAAAAUAUAUAAUAA